AUAGUCAUAAAAGUAAUAAAUUUUGCCGUUGAAUUCAAAAGGCAACAUAGGCAGGGUUGAAUCCCUCGCAACCUUGUUACUCAAGACAUCCACUUGGUACUGCUUGUGCACCCUCACAUUCUUCAAGAAGGAUUACAAUUAACGUGAGUCUGCCAAAUUAUAAAUGUGAUGAGCAUAAAUGUCAAGUGAACAAACAUUAUUGGUUACAGAGUAUUUUUUUUUGUUUAAUCUCAAGGGUAAUCACUCGUUGAUUAAACCAGAGCGUAUUAUAUUAGACUCGAUUCAACUAAUCCGAAUUCAAUCGGGGUCAGGCUCAAAUUGCGGGGGCAAAAGCAUUUAUUAGGUCUCAAAACUCUUUAAAAACACUCAAAACAUCCCACAUUCCACACAUUCCAUCCUCCCAACAAAAUUUUAGUUUUAUUUUCUGACAACUGGAAAAAAAAAAAAAAAAAAAUGGCAGAAACUAUCAGCACUCAUCAUCAAACCAUCAAAAACCCAGAAAUUCAAUACAAUUCUUGGUUUUCCCCAGAAACAGGCAUUUACAGCAGUAAACAUCCCAAAAUUAAUCUCCCUAAAACCCCAUUUCUUGACAUUGUUACUCACAUUUUCUCUUACCAUAAAAAUGGCAUCAGCAACUCUGUUCUUGUUGAUUCUUCAUCUGGGUAUUCAAUCCCAUAUUCUGAACUUUUUCCUCUUGUUAAAUCCAUGGCAUGUGGGCUCCACCAAAUGGGGAUUUCUAAGGGUGAUGUUGUAUUGAUUUUCUUACCAAAUUCAAUAUAUUUUCCAAUAAUUUUUCUGGGUAUUGUUUAUCUAGGUGCCAUUGUUACACCCAUGAAUCCUCUGUCUUCUUUCUCUGAGGCAAAAAAACAAACACUUAAUAGUCAUGCAAAAUUAGCCUUUACUCUACCUGAAAAUGCAGAAAAGUUAUCAUCUUUAGGCCUAAAAACCAUUCAAGUUGUUACAAAUGUCCUUAUUAAAGAAACCCAGAAUUUUCCCGAGUUUUCUAACCUCAUUUUUGGUAAAAUUCAUGAAAAGACUCCAUUUUUACCCCCUAAAAUCAACCAAGAUGAUACUGCAGCAAUACUGUAUUCUUCCGGUACGAGUGGUGCAAGCAAAGGUGUUAUGCUUACACACAGAAAUCUUAUUGCAACAUUGGAGUUAUUUGUAAGAUUUGAAGCAUCACAAUAUAAAGAAAUAAUGGAUCAUAAAAGAAAUGUAUAUUUGGCUGUUAUGCCAAUGUUUCAUGUUUAUGGGCUUGCAUUAUUUGGAGUUGGUUUGAUUUCAUUGGGAACUAGUAUAGUUGUGAUGACAAAAUUUGAUAUAAAUGAGGUUGUUAAAGUGAUUGAUAAGUUUAAGGUAACACAUUUUCCUCUUGUUCCACCUAUUUUGGGAGCAUUGACAGCAAAAGCUAGGAGUUUAGGUGGUGUUUUUGGGGUUAGUCAGUUGUGCAGUUUGAAGCAGGUUUCUUGCGGUGCUGCCCCUUUAACUACUAAAAUUCUUGCUGAUUUCUUGCACACUUUUCCUACUGUUGAUUUUAUUCAGGGUUAUGGCAUGACUGAGACAACAGCUGUAGGAACUCGUGGAUUCAAUGCACCAGGAAAAACUCACAAGUACACUUCAAUAGGCCUCUUGGCUCCAAAUAUGGAAGCAAAAGUGGUUAAUUGCAGUACAGGUUCAUGCAUGCCACCCGGGAAGGCCGGAGAACUGUUGCUGCGCGGUCCUGGUAUCAUGAAAGGAUAUUUCAACAACGCAGAGGCUACAAGACAAACAAUCGACGAAAAUGGUUGGCUGCUUACUGGGGACAUAGUGUAUUUUGACAAUGAUGGUUACAUAUACGUUAUUGAUCGGUUGAAGGAUAUCAUCAAGUAUAAGGGCUUCCAGAUUGCUCCUGCUGAUCUUGAAACUAUACUGGUGUCUCAUCCUGAAAUAGCUGAUGUUGCCGUUACUGGUGUUGCUGAUGACAAAGCUGGGGAGAUACCGGUAGCGUUUGUCGUGAAGAAGCCGGGAAGCUUACUGUCUAGGAACGACAUUGUCAAAUACGUUGCAGACAUGGUAGCGCCACACAAGAAAGUGAGAGAAGUGGUGUUUGUGAACUCGAUACCGAAAUCAGUAGCAGGGAAAGUACUAAGGAGAAAUUUGAAAAACUUACUGCCUUCCAACAGUUCCAAGCUCUAGUAUUUCUUAAUUUCUGUAAAUUAGACUGUGAAACUGUGAUCAUUUUUGGUUUUGUGUCAUAUUAUUUGCUUGAUUUAGCUCAAGUGUAAUUUGAUCCUCUUUUGUCAAGAAAACAGUUUCUUGUAUGAUAUUAAUUUACAGAGUAAUCAACAUUUGAUUAGCAAAUUGCGCUAAAAGUUGUACUCCUCACCAAUUUGAUCGACAAAAAUUGCUAAUGCGAAAUUUUGGUAUUAUACUCCGUAUUAUUUCAUAAAAAGUUGAUACUCGAAAAUGACUACUGGCAUAUUUGCUAAUGCAAAAUUUCGGCAUAGGUAUAUUUCAUUUAAUAAAAAGUAGAUAUUUGAAAAACACACAUUAAGACAAUUUUAACAAGUAGUCAUAUGACUAUAUUUAAUCUUAUAUAUAAAUCACAAUCUUUUAUCAAAAUGGUGCGGGAGCAUAGUAAAAAAAAAAAAUAAAAAAAUUCAAGUAAGGGCACUUAAACUAAAACACAGAAUGAGUACACGAUUAAAGCUUCGUAAAGAUAUAAUUGUGUUUUACCGAAACCAUUAUAAUGUCAAAAUACAAUUUGUCUAAGUAAUUUCAAUUCGGGAUCGAACUAAUUAAAAAUAUUUAAAGGUGUAAGACAAACGACAUUGUUGAUUACAUUGCUCACGAGACUAAAAAUUGAGGGUUAAAUUUGUUGGGCAACCUUCCCAAAACAUUGCAAAAUUGUU